UUAGAUAGGCUAACUUAAUAAAUCAUAAUGAGUUCAAAGAAAUCUCAUCCGGAAUGGACAAUUUUAAUCACAUGAUCUUUUUUUCUAACUAAUACAGCCAUGGGAAGCUACAUAUUUAAUUGUUUGAAUGCAACAGCCAUGUACAGUUGCAAAAUAUAUAUACAUAUGGACAAACGUGCGUUCUCUUCUCAAAUGACUCUUUUUCACUUGGCGCCUGCGUCUGUUAAAGUCUCCACAAGUUAAGAUCCACAGGAAAAGCAGUUCAUUAACUGCAUGGAGAUCUGCACUGGUGUGAACUGAAAAAGCCCACUGUUUCAAUAGGUCACUACCCAUUCCUUUUGUGAAAUUAGAAUGCCCAAUCUCGUUGGGUCGGAAGGAUCACCCCAUCUCUUGUUACCAUGGAAAGCGCCGAGGGAACCUCCUCCUCGCGGCGUCACCAAAGUAAAACUCGAGGUGUGGGGAGCGACGGGGUUACUUACGGUCAAAACACACAUAGGCUAUCCAUUACCCGCCAUUCAUAUCCCGGUGCGCGUGCACACAACAAACACGACUUGAUUAAAAAGAGCCUACACUCAAAUUGUGUUUGCAUUUUAUUUAGAAAACUAUGCUGUAUCGUGCUUUUGUAUUUGUCGAUGUGAUGUACCUAAAGUUGUAUUGUUUUUACUCUAUUGUUUGUUAGCUUUUGCAUUGCAACCUUUCCCUCUCGCAAAUAAGAGAAAUACGAAUUUGCCUUUUGCAAAUGCUCUAUCCAUUGGAAACGAGAAUCCAUCGGAAAUCAUUGCACAAUGAACACUUGCCACACGGAUGACAGGAGGAGGAAACAGAUGCACAUUAGCGUAUUCAUGUUCAUUGGAUGAGGAAAUGGUUAGUUACAUGACAUGCUCCUCCCAUCAUUGACCGGGAAUAUAUUCAAACCCACGGCAGCCGGUGAAAGAAGCCGGUUCUCGAAGGACAGGAGAGGCUGUGGUGCUGUCUGAGACUCCGUGGUGCUGAAAGUGUCGCCCGCCGCGAUGUGGUCCGUGUUUUUCGUGUUUCUGUCUUAUCUAGACAGGAACUUUGUUAAGGGCGAAUUCUUAGGCCAAGCUAUAGAUGCAGAGAAAUUGAGCAAAGAGCUCUUUUACAUGCUCAACAACACUCUUUGCGCCAAAAGCUCGGUUGUAGGAGAGUAUCUCCUGCAUCAGGUCACCGAUGGAGCUCAAGAGGUUCGCUCUGUGCAUGACUCUGAGGGCCGCCUGCUGGACUGCUCUGUCAUCCAAAACGAAAUGCAAGUCAAAUCCUUCAUGCAUGUUUGUAGACUUGGGCUAAGAAACCAAAUGAGCUCCGAUUUGAAGAUGAGUUUGACAGGGGUGUCCGAAGCGAAGGAGAACUGUAACAAGUUGAAACCAAAAGGCGACAGAAACGUCUUCGCGACGGGAAAACAAGCAAAAGAGCCGAACUCUGACGCGGCGAACAAUAAAAAGACGCGAACCAAGCGAGGCUUCACCUAUCCCGGGACACUUUGGUGUGGUGCAGGAAACAUCGCAGACCAUUAUGAUCAGUUAGGCGAAUUCGAAGAGACCGACAAAUGUUGUCGCGUUCACGAUCACUGCCCAUACGUCAUCCACGCGUUUUCCUCCAACUAUGGAUACACCAACUUUAAAUGGCACUCCCUUAGCCACUGCGACUGCGACAAUGCCUUAAAGGAAUGCCUGAGACAUGUCAACGACACUUCAUCCCGAGUGGUCGGACAAGCUUUCUUUAAUGUGAUGGAAGUGCCUUGCUUUGAGUUUUCAUUUGAAGAGCAGUGUGUUGAGCGUCACUGGUAUGGGGUGUGUAAAAAGUAUGACAGAGUUCCCGUAGCAGUGAUUAAAGAAUCAAACGCUUAUGACUUUGGAGGCAUUGAUGUUAUUGACGUAUUGACUAUCGCUCCUCCUAAGAAGAAAGAGUCAGAUGAAGACAAUCAGAACGCUGAAAGCACAACACAGUCGUCAUUCCCUGAAUCAAAGACCACCACCCCUGAAGAGCCCUCGCUCACGAACGUGGUGACCGCUGCAGAGGAUUUCAUUAAAGUGCUCGCCACAGUCUCCACCUCUCAAAGCUCGUCCGCAGACACAGGUAAAGGAGAAACCCAGACAUCGGAGAAGAAGAGGAAGAAAAAUUCCAGCAAGAAGAAAAAAGAGAACAAGAGGAAAAGAGGAAAGGGUAAAGGCAGGAAGAAGAAUAAAAAACUUGAUGCCGUGUUAAAGGUCGACGAAGGAACAGCCAGUGUGCCGUCGAACGGUCAAACAGAGGAGGUCAUGGGUAAGAACAACUUUGCGGAGGAAGCAGCGAAGAUGAAUCGGUUUAGCAUCAAAGAAAAUAAUUUCAUGAACAGUGAGCUAGACUCUGUAGGAAAUUCUAAUAAGAUGAUGAAAGAUGAUCCUCGGAGGACAGUGAACGAUAAUCAGGAUGCUGCUAGCAAUGCCACCUCAAUAAAGACAGAUAAAGAACCAGAGAUUCUAGAGCACAGACAAGCAAACAACACAGAGUUAGUCUCCUCCUCACCUGCGGCUCACAUUACCCCAGCUCUCCGCGAUAAGAACAGAGCUAAGCUGAGACAAAGAGCCGGAAAGAAAAAGCAAAGAAAAAACAGCCCUUCCACAGAGGCCACCCAAUUUUAUUUCAAGGAAGAAACUCUCUCGACUAGUCCUUCUGAUGGUGUCAGCCUCGCAACGUCAUCCACCGAGAGUCCAGCUGAUGCUGUAAGAAACAAAGUGACGCAAAUUACACAGUACAUGGAAGAAAAGGGACCUGUAUUCACUACUACACUAAAAACGCCCAUUGUUAGAAACAAAAGGCCAAGUUUGAGGCAUAGAGUAGGAAGAAAGAGAAUGAGGAAAAUCAUUGUUUCCUCUACAGAAGAACCAGCUCGUGAUAUCAGCUCUCAGGAUCCAAUAUUGUUCACGGGUUCUGCAACUGUCCGGCCAGCGGACGUACUAGAGCGCCUGGGAUCAGACCCACUUGAAAACCCGACAGAAAGUUCGAAGGACACCAGUGGAAGAAGCAACAAAGGAAGGCGUGUGAUCAAAAUCUGCUAUGAAGCAGUUCUGCCCGACGUUACAGACACAACACCCCUCCCGAAUCUGAUCGAAAAAGACACUGGGUUUCAGUUGAAGGGUCCAGAGGUAAACACAACACCAAUGUUUCCUCUUCUACACACUAACACUCCGUCCAAGGCAACCCGCAGACCUAGUGACACCAAAAUGAAGAGAAGCAAGGAGCGAGGAAACCGAGAAAAGCGUGGGAAAAUUAAGAGCGAGUGAAAUUCAAGAAGCUCCAAAUGGUUGGUUAUCUUCUAGGCUGCCAUGCGAUAUGCAGCAACGUUGUUUUAAUAAGCAGCAUGUUUUUAUCUACUCUGUUUUUAUAGCUCCCUUUAUGGUAGACUGACAGUUCAGAUCAUUUUUAUGAAGCAUGUGAUUCGUGACAUGAUUGCUGAAUAAAGUAAAUAAGAGAACUGGUGUUCCUUCCCAUAAAAUGUUUUGAGAAAACAUUCUUCUGCUUCAUAGGAUGGGUUUUGUUUUUAAUAAAUGAAGUGUUAAGUGUU